UAGGAAGUUUAAUAGUGUUUCAGAAAAUGUGGCAACCACAAAUCUGUUAAAUUCUAGAAAGGCUACUGUAAGAGUCCACUAUUAAUAAUUGGGCCUGCUUGGAACUCUGUGUAUAGGCUGGUAAAAAAAUGAGCUUGAUGCAGUUAUUAAUAGGGAAGAAUGUUAAACAUAAAUUUUAUCCAGAAAAAAACUGUCCCCUUACGUAAAACUGCGACAUAUGGGAAAGACACAAAAAAUCCCGUGCAGCGAGAACACCGCAAAACCAGUAGGUCGGCAAAAAUCAUGCUUGGAAAGCACCAUUGGCAGCAACACUUAGCAGACUAGGCCUGCAGUUUCCCCGUGCCCAGGAAAAGAGGGCGGGAGGAACCGCAAGUCUCUGUGAGGAUGCGCGACGCAGCGCCAGUCGUUGACUAAGAGCUGGGAGUUUUUCUUGACAUUGUUCCUCAUUUCCCGAAAGUGAUUUCCCUUAAGUCUCUCCGGUGAAGUUUAGGGUCUGUAGCUGAAAAUGGAACGAGGCCGAACACACUGCCAUCUACCUUUCCAGUACAGCCCGUCGGCUCUCCUGUCUUUUAUCCUAAUUGUUUCCGGAGCACAAGGGAGUCGAACACCCGGCCUGGCGCAUCGGACACAGAGAACGAUCACCAGCACAGGUAGCUAUCCUAUAUCCCCCACAAAUGUGAGUGAAUCUGAAAUAACGGAGAAGCCAAAAACAAAUCUAGAAGUGCCUUAUAACCUGUUAUUCAAGUCAUAUAAUAUGAAUACAACUUUAUUCUGGGAUUAUAAUAUUACUUCUCCUACACCACAUUUUCAAGUACAAAUCAAGGAUUACAAAGAAGGUGGAAAUUGGAAUGUUGUGAGAUCAUGCAAGAAAAUAUUACAAAAUUAUUGUGACCUUUCAAAGAAAUUUGAUGAUCCAGAUAUUUUUUACAAGGCGAGAGUUAAAGCCUUUGUUGGAACUAAAGAAAGUGACUAUUGCAUUGCUAAUGAUUUUUCCUUAAGAAUUCAUGGUAAGAUUGGGCCACCAACAUUGAACGCCUCUGUGGAAAAUACUGACAUUAUUGUUGAUAUUUGGCACCCUGUCACACCACUCAAACAAGGGAAUGACUUUAAAACAAUCUUCCAUUUUUAUGAUGACUUUAACUAUGCAGUAUUUUAUAACAAUCAAACCUUGGUUUCAGAUUCACAAUGUGAUGAAUUUGGGUGCACAGCAUACCUUAAAAACAUCAUGAAAGAUAAAACCUACUGCAUUUCUGCUCAAGGCAAAUCUGUUUCUUGGGUUGUUGAUGGAGAAAAGUCCCAUGAAAUCUGUUUGUAUGUAGAAAACAAAAAUUUUAUGACUCAGAACAUCGUAAUAGGGAUUAUCGUUACCUCUUGCUGUGUUCUUUUAUCACUUGUGAUUGGCAUUACACUAUUGUUGAAGAGUAAUGUCAAAAUUCCACCGUCGUUGACUUCUUUUGCAGGAAUAGUCCGUGGCUCAAUGAACACCCAACAGGAAACAAGGUGUGAUCCUCUUUCCAUAAAUCCUGAAGGAACAAACACUGACUUGGAAGCAGUCUUCGAAGCAGAGUCUCCUGUAAACCCAUUGCUGGAUACCUCUGACACCAGGCAAACUGAUGAACCUGGAUACAGGACCUCUUUUACAGGAACAGGAAAUAAUCAGAUAUCUGACAAUGGCCAAGAACCUAGAGGCACAAGUGACUAUGAUGCUAGAAGUAUUGAGGAACUUAAAGGUAGCAGUUAUUUCCACACAGACAGUGGUAAUGAUGAAACACCUUUGGACUCAGAAACAAUCAAUAUGACAGAAAAUACACCCUUAAGUGAAGCCAGAUGUCCCAACAACUCAUCAGGAUAUGAUAAACCACAUGCUCCUUUAGAUAUGCUAUAAAGAAAUAUAACUAUUGUAAAGAACAAUGUAUGUCUUUAUUAAAUGGGGUUGUUCACCUUUCAAACACUUUUUGUUUUCAGAUUGUUCACUGAAAACAAAUACUUUUUUCAAUUCCUUUCCAUCUUUUUUUUGUUUUUUUUUUUUUUGUACCGUUUUACCUGAAUUUAAUUUUAAUGUUCUUGUCUCUAGUGUUUCAGUCUGGCAGCUUAGUUAUCCAGGGGCAUUCAGAACUGUUAACAUUUGCUACAUUUAUUUGCUACAAUUAGUUGAUACAUUUCUCAGCAAUAUCUGUGGAAUAUUAGCAACUAUUGUAUCAAUUCUAACAGCUGCCUUUAAAGGGGACCCGUCACCCAAAAAAAUCAUU